AUGGCCAAUCCACUAAUCCGCGGGCUGAAACAUGCCGUCGUUUUCGUCUAUGGGUUAUUCACAUUGUUCUAUUUCGGGUAUGUAGCGGUCAUACAAGGGUAUUUUUUCAAGCAACCAGACGAGAAAGAGACUUUGGAGCUGCAGAUAGCUCGUGAUCGCUUUUGGAACCUCUCAAAGUCCUGGUCUGGCCUCUCUCAUCAAGUCGUCACCUUGCGAAACGGAUUCAAUUUCCACUAUGUCUCCAAUGACCUUCCGGAUGCCGUAGCGGGAUCCAAUAAUAAACCGCUGGUAAUCUUUAUCCAUGGCUUUCCAGAUAGCUGGGCCAUAUGGCGCAAUGUGUUAAGAUCCGCUUCUCUUCAGGAGGCAGCCACGAUGAUUGCGGUUGAUUUACCUGGUUACGGUGGUAGCGACAGCUUGGAUGAAUAUACAGCGACAAAUGUGCUGGAGAACUUGACUGGUUUUGUGCUAGCCGUCAGGUCCAAGUAUGGUGUGGACAGCGACAGCGAUGUCAAUCGAAAGAAAACGAUUAUCGUUGGACAUGACUGGGGUUGUGUUCUCUCUAUGCGACUCGCUUCCGAAGCACCUGAGUUAGCAGAUAGGUUCAUUUUGAGCAACGGGCCAAUGACUAGUCUUGUUGCUUCUAACAUUCUCCGACUGCUAUCCUCGUCCUUCAAGAUCCUGAAGACCUCAUUGCGAUCCCCAAUCCGGUCUCGGUCGGCAAUCAUCAAGGUACUCAAGUCUUUGAAGCCAGUAGCUCGACAAUUGGGCCUCUCAGGAUAUGUGUUUGCCAUGAAUUUGCCUAUGUCAUUCGUUCGGUACCUUGGCACAGGGGGGAAUUUCUCAUUUCUCAAAAUCGUUCACAAGGACUCUUAUGGAAAGAGAGAGUUUACUCCUCGGGACGCCGCAGAAUGCAUGGCAAGUACUCUGGGUCCAUCUUUUGAGGAACUCAAAACACAAACACCCAAUGGGCAAAAGUACCCGGAUUCAGUGUCCAAGGAACGCACUCUCUCCAACUUUCAGCACAUGGCCUCUUACUACCGGGACGGCCUAGCCGUAGAACGCUGGCAUAAAUCCGUUGAGACUAUUACCGACCUGCAUAAUAUUCAAAGCGAAAAAGAGCUCCGUCGGGCUAGCAGUGGAGCUGGACUGUUUGACGAUGGUCCCAAGGGGGUCAUGAAGGCCUGCUCGACCACUGUUUGGGGCAAGGCAGACAUUGCACUGGACCCGCAGCUGUGUUUGGCUGGUAUCUCAGAUUACCUUGUUCAGAACAGCCAGGUUGUUGAACUUCCCCGCUCUGGUCAUUUUACUCCGUUGGAAGAGGAGAGCUUUGUUGCCCUGGAGAAAACAGUCGAAUGGGCCGUUAGGGGCGAGAAAGAGGAUAUCGGGGCUGUCAUCCAGGCAUGCUAUCCUGGAGCUAUGGUGACCGUUCGGAAAUAA